AUGUGUCAAUACGGUGUAAUUCUCGAUGCUGGCUCUUCGGGGACCCGUGUGUACAUCUACAAAUGGAAAGAUCCCGCCAAGGCCUUGAAGAAGGCCUCUGCCUCCGAAGCUCACAUACUACCAAAGCUGAAACUCCAUAAGAGCAAGAAGAUUCACCCGGGAGUUUCUACGUUUGCCGAAAAUGUCGCCUCCGUCGGUCCCGAUCACCUGAAAACACUCAUCAACACAGCCCUCAACGAAAUCCCGGCAUCGCAAGUCUCCGAGACACCCAUCUUCCUUCUCGCAACUGCUGGUGUUCGAUUCUUACCAAAGCACCAGCAGACGUCGCUGCUGGACGGCAUUUGCACAUACCUCAAGGCCAACACGCAGUUUCAGCUUCCCGACUGUGCGAGCAACAUUCAGGUCAUCUCGGGCGAAACAGAGGGCUUGUAUGGGUGGAUCGCUGCCAAUUACCUGCUUGGGGGCUUUGACAAACCCGACGAGCAUGCGCAUGGCAAGGGCCACCACACCUAUGGCUUUUUGGAUAUGGGCGGCGCAUCCGCGCAAAUUGCCUUUGCGCCAAACUCAACAGAGGCGGAAAGGCACUCGAAUGAUCUCAAGCUGGUCCGGCUGCGACGACUCGAUGGCUCUCCCGCUGAAUACAAAGUGUUUACGGUUUCCUGGUUAGGCUUUGGUGCCAACAAAGCACGAGAAAGAUUUGUCGAGAGUCUACAGGAGCAGUACGGCAGUGCAAAGGGCGAUAUUCCUGAUCCUUGUCUACCAAAGGGCUUGCGGACCACGCUCUCAGGCAAGCCUCUUUCAGGCAAGGCAGCGUCAGACGAUGCACUUGUUGGCACCGGCAUGUUUGAGGAGUGUCUGCGCAAAACGUACCCGUUGCUCGGCAAAGAUGCUCCAUGCGACGACGAACCUUGUUUACUAAACGGUCAACAUGUGCCUGCGAUCGACUUUGAUGUAAAUCAUUUCAUUGGCGUUUCCGAGUAUUGGCAUACGACACAUGGCGUUUUUGGCCAAGAGAGCAAAGUCUACGAUUUGAUUGCGUACGAGCAAGAGGUCAAUAAUUUCUGCAGUCAGGAUUGGUCGGUCAUCGAAAACGGGCUUGACAAGCGAAAAAAGACUUUGGAGGAAAAGGCCGAGAACGCCCGAGAGGCCUGUUUCAAGGCGUCUUGGCUGAUCAAUGUGCUGUACGAAGGUAUUGGCAUCCCCCGCAUUAGCUUAGGAGAGGCUCCCAGCCACAAAGUCAAUGCAACCAAGGCGCUGGAAAAAGCUAGCGACAAGGGAUUCCCAGACCCCUUCCAGCCAAUCGAUACGAUUGGUGGUGUUGAAGUUAGCUGGACCUUGGGCAAAAUGGUUCUCUACGCCGCUGGACAAAUCCCCCCCAAAGAGUCGCCGCUUCCUGUUGGAUUUGGAAGCAAUACAGGAUCAGAAAUUCCUGCUGAUUUUGAAUUUGCGGGGUCCAAGCCACUUUUCUCAAAUAUAGGUGACGACCAUGACGACGACGACGACGAUGAUAUCCUUACGGGUCGAUCCAAGCCCUUCUCCAGCUUUUUGGUGGUGAUGUUGAUUCUGUUCCUUAUUGCCUAUCUUCUAAGGAAAACCGAAUUGGGGUCCAGAGUGUUCAACAAGUUUUGGCGUUACCGCAAGGCCAGGAGCUCAUCGUUUGUUAGAAGGCUUUUUGGGAGAAAUUCCACGCCAUAUGAAAGAAUAUUGGAAGAAGGCGAUGUGGCAGAGUUUGAGCUUGGUGGCACAGAGUCUGAUGAAACCGAUGGCUCGGAUGGUGGCGAUGUGUCAAGGUCCGUAAGGGGUUCUCGCUUGGCUGGACCGAGAUUGAAUUUUGAGCGAUAUGACGACCUCCAGCCGCCGUCGGCAAUGGAUAGACAUGGCCUCGUUGUACGAACCGAGAGCUGCGAACGACUUGCCCCUUCGCUUCAGAUGCUAAAUGCUGGUCGUCGCAGUAGAACUGGCAGUCCGACACGGUUGAAGAAUUCCAUAAUACCCCAAGAGAGCUAGUAAUAAUGGAUGUAGGGAACGAGGAGGACAAGCUCUCCAGACAAAGAGAGUCAUGAUUGUAAUGUUUGACAUGUCAAAAGCUCAUUCGGGAUGUCACGGUUGGUCAGCUUCACUUCUUGCACAAUAGCCGUUAUAUUUUAUUUUUGGAAAACAGAUGUACAUUGGUAUUGGGUGGAUAGUAAUCAUGUCUUCAAGCCGGCUUGAGGGAAUCCGCUCGCAUUCAGAGCGUAACGAGAACCAAGUAUAGAUAGUGUUGUGCUUGAAUCACAGAUAUUUAAUUUACAGAUUAU